AUGGUUCCGCGUCCCCGACUCAUAGCUAUCAAGCCUAGGUAUAGACGCCCACAACACAAAUGGUCUCAAGAAGAGAGGUUACUUUUGUGCUGUGCCAGAAGAUUCUUUGAUUUGAUGUACAGGGACAUUGCUAAGAUAUUUAACCAUAUCUACGCCACUAACAUCCGCGCCGAAGGAUUUCCUAAUGGGUUGCCUGCGAAAACGAUAAAUACGCAAUGGGAAGAUAUGCGACGACGAGAUCAUAAAGAUUGGCGCGCAGUUCACUCUGAUGUGAGCUUUAACCAAGGUCCCUCAUUGUUCCAUCAUCUCAUGGAAAAGAUCCGACAUGCUUGUCGAGUUUUGCAUAUUGGUCUUGUGGCAAGAGCACGGGACCUCGUUCAGACUCCUCAAGGACGCCCAAUACUUCCACAAUCCCGUACCACGCAGCAGUCACCAGGUACCACCAGGCAAUAUAUGACACUAGGAGCUCCAGCGAACAACACCGUCCUACACAGCCCCGUCAUUGAUCAAGAGACUCUCAUUGAUCCAGGCCGACCCGAGACUUCGACACAACCCAGCCAAACAUCGCGAAUUCCCCCGACAAUUUCAAGAAUCAGAUCUUUCAAGAUGAAUGGCCGAUCCGAAGAACCUAUUCGACCUAGUCAAGUUCCACAUGUAUUGUGGCGUUUCUCUAAUGACCAGUCGAUGGGUAUAAACCAUCGCUCUGGCUAUAUCGCAAACGCAUUUAUCAAUGACAUCGGGGAUAUCCCAACUCCUAAUGAAAGAGCUGAGGAGUUCCCAACAUGGCUAGAGAUUCAUGUUAGGCCACGACGUAUCCCCUCGCCAUUCAUCUCCACUUCAACCGACCCCCUGGUGGCGGUCCAUCGUGCGCUUAGCCGAGACCAAAAUGCCUUUGUCUCUAUCAUUGACUCAACCCAAAUCAAAUCCCAGAACAUCUUUUAUAUGAAGGAUUUGAUGAAGCAAUACGACAUCUACACUCCCGGCUACCGGGGAGCCAGGGAAUAUGUUGUCUGGGGAUCUAUCUGUCGAUCUGCGAUCGUCACAUCGAUCAGAGCCGACGAAUUUAUUCAAAUCGCAAACACCCAUCCCGAUAUUAGAGCUGCUUUGCAAUUGGACGUCAUCUCUGCUUCAAAAAACUGCAAAAGCCAACUUCAUAAUCGAUUAGCCGAGCGGACGUUUGAAAGUGACUUCAUAGUUGGACGGACGAUUGGCAAGUUUCUACGUAUCAUUCGUUUACAAUCUGAUUACCUAGGGGAUGUUGCAGUCUCUUUGAAUAACUCUUGGUCAUUUACACUUUCAGAUGAUACAGCGGAGUUUCUGCUAGGCGUGAAUCAAGGAUUUCAGAUCACUAUGGCGCCGUCAACACCUGUUCAUGUACCCCAAAUCACGUUUCAUAGCCAGGAGACUAUCAUCCAGAGCCAGGAUGAAAGUACCUCUGAAAACAUUACUCAGCAAGUUGGUCAACAUGCUGACAUGGAAGAUUACGUUAUAGUCAAUCAUCCACAACAAGAGGACAUUGCCGAUGCACAAGCAACAGAAAUUCGACAGUCCAUAGAAAGAUUGAGUUUUCAAGAGGACGCCGAAGCCUUUUCUGACUAUCAGACCGGCUCCGUCGUCCGGUCAUCACCUGCGAUUGAAACCACGACGGCAACGCGCAUAAUAUCAUUUUUCAAUCCAGACUCUGAGUCACGGGUUGGGAUGCCUGAGACUCAACGCCUUACUACUCCUGGAGUUGUAGAGUCGAUUGAAGAUGUCUUGCCCGCCUCGGAUCAAGGAGAUACUGGAGAAGAUGUCGAUGUGAAGGUCGAAGCUGUUAUGCAGCUACCAUCACUGUCUCAGAUGCCCAGUCCCCAGCCGGAUACUAGAUCUCAGGAACCUGCUGUUUUUCAACCUUCCACGAACCCUACUAGAAACCAUACUCGAAGCUACAGUGAAAGUAGUGAUUCGACCAUUGGCGCACAAACACCAGCAACAAACCAUCGCUUUUUGAAGGAACAUUCACACGGCAAUCAUGUGCUAAAUUACGACUGGCCCACUUUCUGGGAUCAGUUACACAAUGUCGCGCAUCAGUAG